AUGUCAACAACAGUAACUACAAGGGAGUCGACGUUCACCUCGUCAUAUAAAAAGAUCAACAUUGGUUAUCCUCUCACAUAUCCUAUGCACCCAUCUCCGCGUAUCCCAAUAGAGCUCUUGGAGCUUAUCGUCGACGAAAUCAACGAUCGUGGAUCAUUUCAUGCACUGACUCUUACAUCGCACUUCUUUAGAAAUCGAGUUGAGCCUCUGCUUUAUGCAUCUCCUAUGUCUCCAUACCCCAAUCCAAAGCUACCUGCACCAGUUCCAUCCUACAGAUCCAUCGUUGAUGACCCAUGGGUACAUCUUUUAUUUCUAAGAACUGUCUCGACGAAUCCGCGGCUCGCAUUGCUCGUGAAGGCUUACCACUCACCCUCUAUAUUGAAACAUGCAGAUACUCCACUGUGGCGCUACACAGCUAGAGCAUUUCGCACAAUGAAGGGGUUAAAGGAGCUUUGGCUGCGUACGUUCGAUGGGCGACCUGCGGCACAGUCAUUGUUGUUAAGAAGAGAUCAUCCUCUAUAUGUAAACGACCCUGACUUCGAGCGAGAUCAGCAUCGCACCUGGUGGAAUGAGUCGGAAAUACGAGGCUUGACGCUUGUAGACCCUGGUUUGGAAGCUGUACAUGGAUGCGGACCAGAUCCUGGUCCUUCCUUCCAACUAGAAACAAUGUAUUGGGGUUGUAGGACAUGGAACGACGAACCCGGACUAUCAGAAUUCCUGCGUACACAGAAUGCCAUAAGCGCGUUAGUACUUGAUGAAAAAUCAAGUACAUCCGCCUAUAUCAAUGGUUUGGGAACUUCUGGUAUGGGAAAGCUCCGUGCGUUGUAUUUUGAAGCAACUAUCUACAGACCGUCGUUCGGGGUCGGUGUUGUGGAGUACCUGCGUGGGCUGGAGGUGUUGGAAUUAGACGAUUGUCAUGAAGAGGACCUUAUGGUAUUGCAGAGGCUUCCCUGCCUUCGUGAACUGGUUCUCUCAUCUAAACGCAUCAAUGCCUCAAAACCUCCCAUUCCCCUUUCCACUUUGUUCUUCUUCGCAAUUCCAGCGUCUGGACCACUACUUCCACCCUCCUUCUCACCUAACCUCACUUCCCCUCAUUUAGGUUCGCAUAGUAACUUCACGGCGUUAGCGGCAUUAGUACCUCCCCGUCCUAUAAAAUCAAUUGUGGCGCCGCCCUCGGUGGAAUAUCUGUUUACAACAUGCUGGAAGCUCGAAUGUAUCGAUGUUGCCUUAAGCACCAAUCUAAUCCCAUCUGUUGUUAUGGCCGAUUUUUCGGGGCACUCAGAGGGUUCUGGAUCGAAAGAGGUAAAACUGUAUGCCCGAUGGAAAGGAAGGAGGAGGUGGUUAGAUGGAGGCAAGACAGGAUUCGACCUUUUGACAAUGGAUCAAGUACGUAGGGGAAGGUUAACGUCGAGAUGGGUUGCCAGUCUGUCCUAA